AUGCGACUGACCUUCAACCUCGCAGCUGCGGCAGGAACCAACCUCAUCAUGAUCAUGAUUGUUUUGAAAUCCGCUUUUAACAAGGUAGCCACGAAUUUGGCAUACGAUACGCAGAUGAGCACCGACGACAUUGACAACCUGAUCUGCCACAUGGACAUCCCUCAAUGCAUGCAGCCGGCUAUUCAAACCCUCAUUAACAACAACGGCAUCGUCAGCACCCACAUAGACAACAAGCAUAUGCUCUCGAUGCUGACCGAAGCCCACCGCAACACGUGGUUCUUCACAGAGCGCGACUCAGAAUACGCAGCACCAAGGCUAGGAACACGACCAGGAGUAUCUAUAGCCGACUUCACAUUCAAUGCGCUGAUGUCUGCAGUUACGAAAGACUAUCAUGAAGAGGCCAUCAAAGCGGACGCCACAGUAAGAAUAUCAGACAGCCCACCAGCAUCCUGCACCAAUCCUGAAGUCCAGCACAUGACGACAACAUCAUUCGUCGACGACGUGAAAGCUAUGGCAACGGUCACCGACGGCAACGCGAUCGAGACUACAGCAUCGCGACACUCCAACAAAGACUACGACAGGCAAGGUUGCGAGAGAUUAUACGGGCUCGACUACGACAUCGAGAACAACGGCAGAUGGUCUACUACGGUUGCAGACGACCUCCACCACACCAAGACGUACACCAGCAAGCACCACAACACGCCCAGUCACGACGACAUACGCCAAUGGAUCGGCAUGGCAAAAGAAGAACUAUCCAACUUCAAAAGUAUAACCACACAUGCCUACAGGACAGCCAUCGAGUUCAACAAAGAAAAAGCAGCCACUGUUGCCUGGAGAAGACGCAUCAACGACAUGUGCGACGGCACCACCAUCCCGACGCCUGACAGCGAAGCCCCUCAACAUGAUUGCAAGUACCUGUGUUACGAAUGCGGGCAAAUCCUGAACGGCAAGGCAGCGUACCAAAAGCACAUGCGCGCGAAGCACAGCCAGCAGGAACAUAUAAUCAACUACAUCCACGGGACUACAUGCCAGGCCUGUGUGCGGGAGUAUUGGACGGUCAACCGAUUGCACAAGCACAUGUGCGCCAGCAGACAGUGUGCAUCGCUCGCCAUGAAGUUCAGCAAGCGGCUCGACGACGACGCAGCCAACGACAUACCCGAGGAGAUGAG